AGACUAGACCGCUCCCGUUCUGGAUUAAACAUUAACAUAUUAUAUCUACACCUGUUGAUUUACUCUAUUACAUGUCUUGAUCUGUAAGUCUGUUAAUAAGAACUCAGAGUAAUACGACGCGUACAGAAACAAUCAAUCUUCUGAUCAGCACAAACUCUACAGACCCAGAUUAUUGUAAAUGUCAACCGGUUCCAACAGACAGGAAUUAGGGUUGUUUUAUAUUAUUUCCUUAUUUCUUUUAUCACGCCAAUCUUGAAAAAGAAAACUGUCUCACAGAGUGACGUCACGAGCCCUUAGAUCACUUGAUCAGCAAGUAGGCCAUCAGCUUGAAGAACGGAAAUUCAUCGACUGGAAAGCGUGUGAAUUGGAUUGUGUUCUUUCAAGACGAUACCGAUUAUUCUUGAGAUGUCGAUUAUCUCUAUAAGAAAGCGUUAGAUUUUCUGGUAUCGAAAAGUGUAGGCCUACCAAGGUCUCACUUUCAAGAAGACGAGUACUUAUUUUUUUCUAUUUCUUAAAUAAUGAAUUGUCCAUAACACAGGAAUUUGUACAACAAUAGAAACACAAAAACAUUUUGACUUUACUCUUCUCUUGACAGUCUUGUUAUUAUUUUCGGUGAUGGCUGUGAUGCAUACAAUUAAACAGCGGGGAGUGCGAAAGUCACCAGUGAUGGCCAUGGCACCAAAAUACUUUGAUCUAGAUCUAACAGAAUGUCAGGUGUCAGAAGGGGGAGAAGCUGAUUUGCAGAAACAUUUUGUGAAUUGUAGGAAGAAUCCAUGUCAUCUCAAGUUUAUCCCUAUCAAAGACUUCUACAUUAACCAUUUCCCGGAAAAAUACCAAGACGACGACUUGUAUCAAUUUAUAAAAUCUGUUGCAGACCUCACCGUCCGAGUCGGUGUCAAAAUGACCAGUCCAGACAGGUUAGAAUUCUGGCCACUGACCAACUCCCCUUACCCUUUCUAUCACCUCAGAAACGAGAGCACGCUUAGGGUUGGGAGCGGAAGGAUAUAUGUUUACAAGUAUGUAAACGGACUAGGUUUUGACGGGGAUGGAGAUGAGUGCGAUGAACACGGAUUUAAAUACGAGAGGGACUACAAGACAUGCCCCUGUAAAAAGUGCCAGCAAUCUAGCAAUGUGUGGUGGGAGAUACACGUGGACACUGCCGCACAUGUGGUGUUUGAUGAUCUGGAAGCGAGGCACACGUCAUGCAGACUAUUUUUUGACGAGCGCAAUUGCCCUGUAGUCAACCUGGAAAUGGGGCGUAUUGAUACGGUCAACAUCAUGGACGACUUUUGUAGGCUAAAGUAUGUCACGUGUGACGUCACGCUUGGGAACAAACUGUUCGAAAUGGUGCAAAGGCAUUGCGAAUUCUGGAAAAAAGUCAGGAACAAGUUCAUUAUGAAACCUACAAGCAAUUUUAUCUUCAUAGUGUCGCACCCCCACGGAUGUCAUAAGCACAUAAGUUUUGGCUAUCAGGUUAACAAUAGAACAAUCAGUGAUUUGAAUGACGAUCUGGUGACCACUAAACUGACCUAUACAGCUAGUACCUGCCCAGGGAGUAGCGGCGCCAAAGUUAAUUGUGUUGGAAUUCCUUGUGGUCAUGUUCACAGUGGCACCUCCGUGUAUGGUCAGAUUAACUGCAGUAAUAUUAGUAUUUAUUUAAAAUAAUGCUACCAAAAAAAAAUACAAAUGUGAAAAUCUAAGUGAUGAUUUAAUGAAACGUUGUGUGUAUAUAGCAACCAAACCAGGUGCACACGUUUUGAUGUCCAAAAAAAUGGUGCAUUGAAUAUGGCAAAUCAGUGGAAAAUUCUGACCAGGGCACUGACCAUCCUAAUCGACAACUUGCCUUAAUAGCAAUUUAUGAUGAGAUGAUUAGCUAACGCUGAUCUAGAUUUUCUGAAUAAAUCUUUUAAAUCGGUGGUACCGCUAUUUUCUUCCCGGAAUUCAAUUGUCACGUGACUCCCAAAAUCCAGCCAUCAAGCCACCACAUCCUCUUUCAUGGCUCUGUUAAGAUUGCUAAUGCUAUUGAUGUAUUUUGCGUGAUCACUACAAAUCAAUUAGCGGACAUGCAAAUGAUACACACACAGCUCUGGUUCAGUGUCAGCUGCGAUGGGUAGGUCACGUCUGCUGAAUGGAUGACUUUCGCAUCAACAAAAAGGCUUCUUUAGGACGACCAGCUCACAAGAGAAAAGUGAACUCGGGCUGGACAAAACAACAACAACAAUAAACGAUUGAAGGUCGCCUUCAAAGCGUCCUUAAGAGUUUUCAACACAGACUCUU